UUUUUAUCAGAUAAAAAAAAACCUCUCUUCCUAUUUUCAAACAAAAUAUUGAGCUUGGAAGGCCAACAAUCAACAAAAGAGAAAAAGAAUCUACGAGUAAAUCAACUAAACAGAAUUGCAGACAAUGCUUCUCCAGAUAUAGCGCUGAAACAAAACAAACCCAGUUUUUGAGAAACAGAGGUGAGGCAGAGAAGGCAAAAACAUUAAGAAGGAAAUGGCCAGUGCAAAAAGUUCAAGCUCAGAGCGAAGCAAUAUCAAGGGAGUUCUGACUCAUGGAGGUAAAUAUGUUCAGUACAAUGUCUACGGUAACUUGUUCGAGGUGUCCAGUAAGUACGUGCCUCCUAUUCGUCCAAUCGGCAGAGGUGCUUAUGGCAUUGUUUGUGCUGCUGUUAAUUCAGAGACACGUGAGGAGGUUGCCAUUAAGAAGAUUGGAAAUGCAUUUGAUAAUAGGAUAGAUGCAAAAAGGACACUGAGAGAAAUUAAGCUUCUUCGUCACAUGGACCAUGAAAAUGUUAUUGCCAUCAAGGACAUCAUUCGACCACCAAAAAAGGAGACUUUCAAUGAUGUUUACAUUGUUUAUGAAUUAAUGGACACUGAUCUUCAUCAGAUAAUUUGCUCUGACCAACCAUUGACAGAUGAUCAUUGUCAGUACUUUUUAUAUCAGUUGUUACGAGGGCUGAAAUAUGUACAUUCUGCCAAUGUUUUGCAUCGUGACCUUAAGCCAAGCAAUCUGCUUAUGAAUGCAAAUUGUGACCUUAAGAUCGGAGACUUUGGUUUGGCAAGGACGACAUCUGAAACAGAUUUCAUGACUGAGUAUGUUGUCACUCGGUGGUACCGAGCACCAGAGUUGCUCCUUAAUUGUUCAGAAUACACUGCUGCCAUUGAUAUUUGGUCUGUUGGUUGCAUACUUGGUGAAAUUGUGACAAGAGAACCUCUGUUUCCGGGCAAAGAUUAUGUUCAUCAGCUGAGACUCAUCACAGAGGUAAUCAACUUCUUAAUUCUCAGUUUGUUAAUGUUUAACAUUGUACGUUCUUUUUUUGUCCAAAAGUUGAUAGGUUCACCUGAUGAUGCCAGUCUUGGAUUUCUCCGAAGUGAUAAUGCCCGAAGGUAUGUUAGACAGCUUCCACGGUGUAGGAAGCAACAGUUUUCAGCUAGAUUCCCAAAUAUGUCUGCCGGGGCUGUUGAUCUACUAGAAAAAAUGCUUGUAUUUGACCCCAACAAACGAAUCACAGUUGAUGAGGCACUUUGUCACCCAUACUUGGCAUCUCUUCACGAUAUCAAUGACGAGCCUGUCUGUCCUAGGCCUUUCAGUUUUGAUUUUGAGCAAUCAUCGUUCACUGAAGAUAACAUCAAAGAUCUUAUCUGGAGGGAAUCUGUGAAAUUUAAUCCAGAUCCAGUCCAUUAAGAGAAUCUCCUUUGGAUAUUUACAUGACCAGAUGUUAGUUCAGUUUCUUAUAUGACCAGAACAAACUGACACAGAUCUUCCUUAUUAGUACUAGACUAGGUAAUGGAAGUUCUAGAGCUCAGUGCAAAGAUUGUGGAUGUUGUACUGUCGAUCAUGGACCCAUGUUUUUGGUUUGUUUUUAAAUAUUUUUUUAACUCAAGAGUGAUGGAACCAUGGAAAAGAAAGAGAAAA